AGGUGCCCACGGCGGUCCGUUGAUCCCGUGCUAGCAGCAUACCUCGAUGCGUCGCACGGACGUCCGGGUCGCUGAGCUGGAGAGCGUCUUGUCACCUGAUGCUGGAGAAUCCAAUGCCCUCGGCUUCAGCAGUGCCAAAGCCAGAGGAGGCCUCCAACGAUGGGAAGGAGGAAGAGACGCCGGGCCUGAAAGACAACAGUGCCGGCGUGGGCAUGAAAAAUCAGGAUAACAGCUUGCUGAUGGUGCCCCCGAUGAUUGCGUUGGAUACUGUUGCAGACUCUAUCCAGGAAAGCGAUAAGGACAAGGAUAUCCACCGCACCUUCUACACAGGCUUGCAGGUUUUAAAUAACUUUGUGAGUGACGUAAUGGACAUCCCAAAGGGAGGCCCUUACAUGCGGGAUGGAAAGAGGCGGGUUGACUUCGUGUUGGCGUACCACUUCAAGGGGCACAGAUCAUUUCCUGGGAGCCCAACAAGUGAGGAAAACAUUGCAACAACUUUGGAAGUCAUCACUGCUCCAGCUGAGAAGUCGGAAACUGAAGACGAGUUGACCAAACGCGCACGUUCCAGAAAAACGUCCGUGUUGGAGGAGGGCAGUGAGAUGGGACCCAACAGCCACCACCUUUUGGAGAAAGAGCAGAUGAUGUGCCGGGAGGAAUUUGAGCAAAACUUAAUGGAUGCCAGACUUGAACUGGAAUGGGAUGAGGAAGACCAGGCGGAGGGACAUGGAUACGUGCGGAUCCAUGCACCCUGGUUGGUCCUCAUCAGGGAGGCCGAAUUCCUCAAAAUCAAGAUGCCUACUAAGAAGGUGUUUGAGAUGAAGAAAUCGUCGGGAGUGCUGCACGGGCUCGGUGCAAGAAUCAACCAUGCGCUGCAGCCUAACGUGCCUCAUUCGCAGGAGGCUAUGUCCCAGAAAAAGCUCUCGUUCCCUUUCUCCAGAGACAAGCAGAAGCUAUUUGAUAUCAAAAGUGAAGAUUCAUUCUUUGACAGUGCCACGCGAAGCCGCAUUGUCUUUGAAAUUCUGAAAAGGGUCAAAUGCACCAAAGGGCCUUACAAAAUGGGCAUCACGAGUCUUAUCGCCAACGGAGUGUAUACUUCUGCAUUCCCGCUGCAUGACGGAGAGCUCCAUGGCAGUGAAGUGAACGACAGAAAGCUGCUGCACGAUGAAUGGGCCAGCUAUAACAAGUUCUACAAGUACCAGCCACUUGAACUCAUCAAGAAAUAUUUUGGAGAGAAGAUUGGCCUCUACUUUGCCUGGCUCGGAGUGUACACGCAAAUGCUUAUCCCUCCUUCCGUGGUGGGAAUCGCGGUGUUUUUGUAUGGCUGGCUUGCUGCUGACAAAGACAUUCCAGGAUUCGAGACCUGCGUGCUUGGCCAGAACAUCACAAUGUGUCCCACGUGUGACAAGCUGUGCAAGUACAAGAGCCUCAGUGAGAACUGCGACCGAGUGAGGAGCAGCCACCUGUUUGACAACAUCACCACCGUCUUGUUCUCCAUCUUCAUGGCCCUCUGGGCAACCACUUUUUUGGAACACUGGAAACGAAUAGAGACCCGCCUCAAUUACACGUGGGAUCUCAAUGGCAUGGAGGAGAGUGAGCAACAACUUCGGCCAGAGUAUGAAGCCAAGCUGCUGGAAAAAAAAAGGAAAGUUGACAUCAAGCUUGCAAAAACACAGAAGCUGCAGGAACCGUCAAAAGACUCGCACAAUAACCGCUGGAAGAACAAGGCUGAGACCAUAAUGACGGGCAGCAGGAUGACAGAGGAGUACGGGCUCAGUUGGAGAGACCUGCUCCCGAGUUUCCUCAUCAACUGUUCCUGCAUUUUAUUCAUGGUUUUACUUUCAUUUGCAAUCGUGGUUGGAAUGAUAUUUUACCGCAUUACCAUGAACGUGCUUCUGGCCAACAGUACCGACCCUUACUUAAAAUCCAACCGUUCAGCUAUCAUCAUGGCUACAGCUUUCCUCAUCAAUCUCGUCAUUAUCCUAAUUCUGGAUGAGAUUUAUGGCUCCGUUGCACGCUGGCUCACUGUCAUCGAGGUUCCAAAAACGGAGGAAGAAUUUGAAACCCGGCUAAUUUUCAAGUCCUUCAUGUUGAAGUUUGUCAACUCCUAUACCAGCAUCAUAUACGUGGCCUUCCUCAAGGGCAGAAUAACCGGUUAUCCCAAGAAAUACUACUACAUUUUACCUAAUUAUCGCAUGGAAGAGUGUGCCCCAGGUGGAUGUCUUCAGGAGCUUGCCCUGCAGCUCUGUAUCAUCAUGCUGGGUAAACAGCUCCUCCAAAACAACCUGUUUGAGGUUGGCAUCCCAAAAAUUAAGAAGCUCUGCCGUUAUCUGCACAAGAAGGAUCAGCACAAAAAGGCGAGCCACCUAACGGAAGAGGAUGGGAUGGAAUUGGGAUGCAAGGACUAUGAGCUGGAGCCAUUCACUGGGCUCAAUCCAGAGUACAUGGAAAUGGUGAUCCAGUUUGGCUUCGUCACACUGUUUGUGGCCUCCUUUCCACUGGCACCCUUCUUUGCGUUGUUGAACAACGUAAUUGAGAUUCGUCUGGAUGGGAAAAAGUUUGUGACGGAACUGCGGCGACCCACAGCCGUGAGAGCCAAGGACAUUGGUACAUGGUAUGUCAUCUUGAAUGGAGUAGCCAAGCUGGCAGUGAUCAUUAAUGCCCUAGUAAUUGCCCUGACUUCAGAUUUUGUGCCACGGCUGAUCUACAUGUACUUCUACAGUCCUGAUGGAUCGCUGAGAGGCUACGUCAACUACACACUGUCUUACUUCAAUGUGUCAGACUACGCACCAGGCAUUAUAAUCGAGAGCAACUAUACACUGUGCAGGUUCAGGGACUAUCUAGAGCCACCCUGGUCUGAUCACCCCUACCAGUACACCAAGACAUAUUGGAUAAUUCUGGCUGGUCGGUUGGCGUUUGUUAUUAUUUUUCAGAAUCUUGUAAUGUUCCUGAGUAACAUGCUGGACUGGAUGAUUGAGGACAUCCCUUCAGACAUCGAGGACUGCAUGAAGAAGGAGAAGCUGUAUUUGGUCAAUGUCUUCCUGAAGGAAGAACAGGAUAAGAUGCAACUGCUCGAGUCUCUGAUAGGCAAGAACAAGGACAACUGCAAGAGCAGUAGCAGCACUCGAAGCAGCGUGAGACAACUGCAGGAGGUCCAGCAAAAGGAGCGCAGCAACUCCCACAAGUCUCUCCAUGGCUUUCAGCUGUCCAAAAGGAUCUCCAAAGAAUGAGCACAACACACAAACACACACACGUGGUGUUUUGCAAAUUGUAAAAUUAUAUCCCUGGACCUCAGUAAAAUUAUAAGCAUUUGAGGGCAUGCUUAAUGGAAUAAUUUGAACAUAACCCCAGAGGUUUUCACAGACAAUAUUAGAAUUCGUAGUUGAAUUUUGGGUGAGGCUAUGUCACGAUCUGCAUUGCAAGACCCUUUUCAGUCGUAAGAUCCCUCCACCACCAGGUAAGGCCCACUGAGCUAUAUAGCUCUUUUUCAGAAGUGAUCAGGCCACAAUUAAAAGCUUUACGAGAUGGCAUAUCAUGUGCAAAUGUAUAACAGCCAAAUCCUCUAAAUGCAUGUUUCUAAAUGUGGAGGGAAAACCCGGAGAAUCUGAAACACAUCCACGUGACCACGGGGAGGCAGACAUGCAAACUCCAAAUAUGCAGGUGUCAGGGUCUGGAUCGAAACCUCAGCCGUGAGGUACGCAACAUUUCGCCACUGUGGUGCCCCUUUUUCUGACUUCCUGGAUUUGAUUCUAACUUCCUGGAUUUCCUGAAGAUGCUUGAUUUAGUUUCAAGCGAAAAGUUUCAUCUCGUAAUUGCUAUAUUUGGUCGUGUGAAUUGUUCUUCCACAUACCGGUGAACUAGAUAAUAAUUUCACUUUAAAAGCUUGUACACACACUUUUCAAUUAAAUGUUUUGAGCUAUGCCAGGUGCUCAAGGGUCUUAAGACUGAAACUUGCAAGAGGGAACCCAAAAAUCUAUUAUAAAUCAGUAAUUACUUUAAUUAUCCUUAUACAAUAGUUUAUAUAAAAAAAUAAUUGAUGUAUUGGCACCCAACAGUAAAAAAAACUAUCAAACUAAAACAUGUUUUUAUUUUACCAGGUAAGGCCCACUGAGCUAUAUGGCUCUUUUUCAGAUGCGACAUGACCAAAAAUGAUUGCUUAAAGUGGCUUAUUACGUGGAAAUUUAUAGCAGCCAAAUACUCUUAAGCACAAGUUUCUAAAUGUUUCGGGAAACACCGGAAAAAACGGAGAAAAGGCCACACGACCACGGGGUGAGAGGGACAAGCAGACUCCAAAUAUACAGUAGGCGUAAAGGUCGGAUUCGGGAUCUAACCCACAAACUCCUGUAUACCAGGCGAGGGAGUUCACAUCUCCCCACCGUGGCGCCCAGUUAUGAAAAAUAUAAUUCCAGUGUAUUAAUGCAGAUGGGCGAGACAACAUUUUUAUUGAUAAGGAAUGGGUUGAGU